GGCGCAGGCACAGGGGCGGCAGGAGCUGCCCGGGCACCGGGGCACCCGCAGCCUCUUGGACCGGAGGGUACCGGCUGGGUUUCUGCAGGCACGAGGCCCCGUCGGAGCGGGAUGAACAUGGAUUUGGCCUCGGAGCGGCUGAAUGGCAGAGGUCCCAGCACGAGACACAAAGUCCCCACGCCGCUGGAGUCCUUCAAGCGGGUUGGCAUCCCCGUGCUGGCAGCCGUGCUGAGCCUCGCCUGCCUGGUCGCCGUUGGGUUCCUGGUCAAGGUGUACCUGGACUCCCACUACUAUUUCUGCCGGCAGCCGCUGCGGCUGGUGCCGCUGCAGAGGGUGUGUGACGGGCAGGCGGACUGCCCGCGGGGCGAGGACGAGAGCCACUGUCCCCAGUGGGUGCCCGAGGGGCCGCCGGCCACGGCCCGUGUUUCCAAAGACAGAUCCAUCCUGCAGGUGCUCAACAGGAACAGCGGAGCCUGGUCCUGCGUCUGCCAUGACCACUUCAACCUGGCGCUGGCCAAAGCGGCCUGUGAGCAAAUGGGCUACGGGAGCACUCCCACGUUCCGGGAGGUGGAGGCGAGCCCAGGGCAGCCCCUGCCCCCACGCGAGGUCGUGCUGACCAACGGCAGCCUCCAGAUGCCCGAGCCGGGACGGAAAUGCUUCUCUGGACGGGUUGUUUCACUCUUUUGUUCCAGAGACUGCGGGGACAGCAUGAGGGCUCCGCGUGUGCUGGGCGGCAGCCCGGCCGCCAUCGAGGCCUGGCCGUGGCAGGUCAGCCUGCAGUACAGGAGGGAGCACAUCUGCGGGGGCAGCAUCAUCGGCCCCAGCUGGGUCCUGACGGCAGCACACUGCUUCAAGAACAACCCCAUCGUUCAGAGCUGGCGCGUGAAGACGAGCUCCAACCUCCUGUCGGGCACCGCCACCCUCGCCGUGGAGAAGGUCUUCCUGGCUGAGGUGACAGCCACGUCUCCCAGGGAUGACGACAUUGCCCUGGUGAAGCUGCGGACCCCGCUGCGUGUCUCAGACAGCUGCAGGCCCAUCUGCCUGCCCUACUUCGAUGAGGAGCUGGUGCCGGGCACACCGCUGUGGGUGAUCGGCUGGGGCUACACGCAGGAGCACGGCAAACCCUCGGAGACGCUGCAGCAGGCAGAGGUGAAGCUCAUAGACAAGGACAGCUGCAACCUCGCCGCCUACCACGGGGAUGUCACCGAGAAGAUGCUGUGUGCCGGCCUGCCCCAAGGCGGGGUGGACACGUGUCAGGGGGACAGCGGCGGGCCGCUGCUGUACUUGGGCACGCACUGGCAGGUGGUGGGCAUCGUCAGCUGGGGCCAGGGCUGCGGGACCCCCAGCACGCCCGGGGUCUACACCAGCGUCCGUGCCUACCUCAACUGGAUCUACACUGUCCGGAGGUCCGAGCUCUGAGACCUGCCGGGCUGGGUCUCACCUCUGCCCCCACGCCUCCCUCCCCAUCCCCACGCGCUUGGCUGUGGGUUCCGGCAGCAGCUGGGAAAUGGAUCCCGAGCCCCGGAAGGUGAGCGGUGCCUCCAAACAAACCCUGGCCGUGGUGCAGCGUGCCAGGGCCAGCCCAGGAGGCAAAGGGCAGCUCGGAGCGACGGCCACCGAUACCGUGAAGGAAUCCGAGCGGCUGGAGCGCCCUUCCGGAGACAGAUUAAUGUGUUGCCCUGUGCUGACCCUGCUGCGGCAGGAAGGCUCCUGGGGGCGAAGCUGCUGUUUGCUUACUACUGUUGUACAGAGAGAAAUGACGUUUGUGCUGGAGAGUACUCCCAUUAAAAGAAAGAGUUUGGUUUU